AAUUCCGAAAACUUACUCCUUUUACCUGCUGAGUUUGACAACAAUAUCCGUAUUUAUAAUGAUGCCAAAGAUGAAGUGGUAGACAAAAUAUUUAUGCAGCCGGAUUCGGAGCUGGAGCAAAUGUUGGAAAUGUUUUGCGGCCCAAUGCCUGGGGCACCAGAUGAAAAAAUCUUCCCUCCAUUGAAUUUGCAAAUGGAUAUGGGGUUUGGACAAUCUUACUUGCCUUUCCCAGUCACUAAUAACUUAAGCAAUGACCACAAUGGGGUGCAAUUUCAAUAUGGAUCAAAUGAACAGGAGUUUACUGAAUUCCUGGAUUCAAUUUUUGUUGACAAAGAAUCACUCAACCGAAUUCUUCAAUUAUUCGGAAAUGUCCCUUUCAGAAUCCUUCGAUGACACAAAACUUACUCAAAAGAUCAAUCCGAGUAAGAGGCCAAAAUGUAAGAGCCUGGACUAUAAUACUCAAUCAAGAAGAAUCCGUUUGCAGAUGAAACUUCAACCGGAUUUAGUUCGCCCCAACUACUUUUUGAGCAACUUCAAAGAAAACCAUGAAGCAAAACCAACAUUGACACAGGCUGAAAAUGUUAAGGAACAGCGUGCUUCUGAUGCAGCAGCUACCAUUUGCCUGAAAGUGCAAAAAAAUUAG